AUGGUCAAGAUUACUGGCUUCACCACGCGGGAUGUGCGGUUUCCCACCUCCCUCGAUAAGACUGGCUCUGAUGCCAUGAACGCGGCUGGUGACUACUCCGCUGCCUACUGCAUCAUCUACACAGACUCUGACUACAAGGGUCAUGGCAUGACCUUCACUAUCGGUCGUGGCAAUGAAAUCGUCUGCGCUGCCAUCUCCCUCCUGGCCCCUCUCAUCGUUGGCAAAGACCUCGACGAGCUCACCGCUGACUGGGGCAAGACCUGGCGCUACCUGGUCUCCGACAGCCAGCUGCGCUGGAUCGGCCCCGAGAAGGGUGUCAUCCACUUGGCUCUCGGUGCCGUCGUCAACGCCCUCUGGGAUCUGUGGGCCAAGACCCUGGGUAAGCCUGUCUGGCGCAUCGUCGCGGACAUGACCCCCGAGGAGUUCGUCCGCUGCAUUGACUUCCGCUACAUCACCGAUGCUAUUACCCCCGAGGAGGCUCUGUCAAUGCUCAAGGAGAUUGAGGCUGGUAAGCAGGAUCGUAUCAAGGAGGCUGAGGCUAGCCAGGCUGUGCCUGCGUAUACUACCAGUGCUGGCUGGUUGGGCUACAGUGAGGAGAAGCUGAAGAAGCUUCUUGACGAGAGUGUUGAGCAGGGAUACAAGCACUUCAAGCUGAAGGUUGGUAGCAGCCUUGAGGAUGACAAGAGGCGUCUGAAGAUUGCCCGCGAGGCCAUUGGUUAUGAUAAGGGCAACAUCUUGAUGGUGGAUGCCAACCAGGUCUGGUCCGUCCCAGAGGCCAUCACCUGGAUGCAAGAACUCGCCGAGUUCAAGCCCUGGUUCAUCGAAGAGCCCACCUCCCCCGACGACAUCCUUGGCCACGCCGCCAUCCGCAAGGCCCUCGCCAACACCCCCCACGGCACUGUCGGCGUCGCCACCGGCGAGAUGUGCCAAAACCGUGUCAUCUUCAAGCAGCUCCUGCAAGCCGGUGCCCUGACCGUCCUCCAGCCCGACGCCUGCCGUGUCGGUGGUGUCAACGAGGUCCUCGCCAUUCUCCUCUUGGCCCGCAAGUUCAACGUCCCCAUUGUCCCCCACUCCGGCGGUGUUGGUCUCCCCGAGUACACCCAGCACCUGAGCACAAUCGACUACGUCGUUGUCUCCGGUAAGAAGAGUGUGUUGGAGUAUGUGGAUCACCUGCACGAGCACUUUGUGCACCCGUCUAGCGUUAAGGAUGGUUACUAUGUUACCCCCAUGGAGCCCGGUUACAGCGUGGAGAUGAAGGCUGAGAGCAUGGAUGAGUUCUCAUUCCCUGGUGAAGAGGGUAAGAGUUGGUGGCGCUCCGAGGAGGCCAAGGUUAUCUUGGAGGGUCCUCGUAUUGUUUAG